AUGAGCCUUGUUGCAGCCGGCAGCUGCCAGUGCUUCUGCUCCUCCUCCUCCUUUGCCUCGGUUGCAACUCCAACCUCAUGGCCAAAGAUAAGAAGAGCAAGGGCAGCUCGAGCAGCUGUAGUGGAAGCGAGACCACCACCACCUCCUACUCGAGUGAUGCAGCCAGCUGCACUGCGAGAUGUUAAAUUAAUAGUGGGAGGGGAUCGAACGGAAGACCUGCAGGCGGAGGCAAGGGCCAUGGCCCGUGCUGUCAAUGCGUCCGUCUAUAGCCCCGAGGCUCUGACCGUUCAAUACGGCUCCAGGCCGAUCAAGGUAUUGCGAAGGACUCUUGAAAUAUUGACAGCCUUGGGUUCAUUUGGUUUGAAAUUAUUCCUGGACCAAAGGAAUGGCGUGUUCGAUAAGAAGAAGCGUGAACGAGCAGCUGAGCUCAGAAGAAUUUUCACCCGAUUAGGCCCUACUUUUGUUAAAUUGGGGCAGGGCUUGUCUACCAGGCCGGACCUCUGCCCCCCUGAGUAUCUGGAGGAGCUCUCUGAGCUUCAGGAUGCUUUGCCUACAUUCCCAGACGCUGAAGCAUUUUCGUGCAUUGAAAGAGAGUUGGGUCUCCCACUCGACUCCAUUUUUUCAUCCAUUUCUCCUACUCCAAUUGCCGCUGCCAGUUUAGGCCAAGUUUACAAAGCUCAACUUACGUAUUCUGGACAGAUUGUUGCUGUCAAGGUGCAACGCCCUGGUAUCGAAGAAGCUAUUGGACUUGACUUUUACCUCAUCAGAGGCAUCGGCUUUUUCAUUAACAAAUAUGUUGACAUUAUUACCAGUGAUGUAGUUGCUCUUAUUGAUGAAUUUGCACGCAGAGUAUAUCAAGAGCUCAAUUAUGUGCAGGAGGGGCAGAAUGCAAGAAGGUUUAAGAAAUUGUAUGCUGACAGGGAAGACAUACUUGUUCCAGAUAUCUUUUGGGAUUAUUCGAGUGGCAAGGUUUUGACAAUGGAAUGGGUCGAUGGAGUUAAAUUAAGUGAACAAGAUGCUAUUGAGAAACAAGGUUUAAAGGUUCUGGAUCUGGUCAACACGGGUAUACAAUGCAGUCUCAGACAGCUACUCGAGUAUGGAUACUUUCAUGCAGAUCCUCACCCUGGUAAUCUCUUGGCAACACCUGAGGGAAAGCUUGCUUUUCUUGAUUUUGGAAUGAUGAGUGAGACCCCAGAAGAAGCAAGAUUCGCUAUAAUUGGUCAUGUUGUUCACAUGGUUAAUAGGGACUAUGAAGCCAUGGCUCGUGAUUACUAUGCUCUAGAUUUCUUGUCACAGGAUGUAGAUGUGUCUCCAAUUGUUCCAGCACUUCGUGACUUCUUUGAUGAUGCACUCAGUUACACUGUCAGUGAACUAAACUUCAAAACUCUAGUGAAUGGUCUGGGUGCUGUUUUUUAUCAGUAUCCAUUUAAUGUUCCAGCUUAUUAUGCUUUGAUAUUGAGGUCACUCACUGUACUUGAAGGCCUGGCCCUUUCUGCCGAUCCUAAUUUCAAGGUGCUGGCUGCUUCGUAUCCAUAUUUUGCUAAAAGGCUUCUCACUGAUCCAAAUCCAUACCUUAGAGAUGCUCUUAUUGAGUUGCUCUUUAAGGAUGGGAGGUUUAGGUGGAAUAGGCUUGAAAACCUACUUGUCCAGGGAAGAAAAGAUAGAGAUUUCUCUGCAAAAGAUGCCUUACAACCUGUUUUGAAGCUAUUAUUGGGCCCAGAUGGCGAAGAACUCCGAACUUUAGUUAUUAAGGAGGCUGUUCGUGUCACUGAAGCUGUAGUGCUUGGCACAGUUGUUGAUACGUACAAUUCUAUCCCGAAUGUUGUGAGGGCUUUAAUCUUUAAUGGUAAUGUAACUGGACCUCUCACGGUGAGUGAUUCCGAAAUAGAAAGCAUGAUGGCGCUUCGGGACCAAGUUUUUAGGAUAUGGGGGCUUCUGCGAUCCUCUGAAGAUUUUGAUCCAGCGCUUUUGCAGCCUAUAUUACAGGUGCUUCAACAACCUGAGGCGCGCAGUCUAGGGGAGCGUGUUAUUGGUGGCAUCACUCAGCGACUUGCAGCACGAUUAUUACAACAAAUUCUUCGAGUUCCAACAACAGUUUCUACUUCAAAUUCAUAA